AGUUGGGGGGAUUUGCCGGCAGCCCAUUGGAAUGCCGUAACCCCAUCUGGCAAUCCAUUUCAGCGAGUCGCACGGAGUUAAGGAGGAAGGUCGCAGUCCCAGUCCCGCAGUCCCGCACGCCGCACGCCCCUGCUGCUGCCUGGUAGUCUGCUUCUCACAAUCUCACUUCUCAGCUUGUGGCCUUGUGGAGUUCUGGCUGAGUGGCUGCCUUCAGUAGCUCCGCUAGUCGCCCCAGCUCCCAGGCAGCAGUGUUUUUAUUUUAGGCCUCCCGAACCUUCGUCCUGGCUACACUCCUGCUCAAAGUUGAAGAUAUAAUUUGUUACCAUCUUCUUCAUAUAAUCUCCGGCCUUUCACACCGUUCAUCCAAUUCAGAAACAGUCCAGUAAAGAGCUGAUUGGAAACCAUGGGAAAAGCCAAAAUUAUAUCACAGAAGGAAAAAAUCCAGCGGCGUGAGUCGGAGAUUAAUGAAAUCAAGCUCCUUGAAGAAUGGAUUGAAUCGCGAAAGCCUGAGUGUGGUGUAAACCCACUUGCUAUUGAGCCGUUACCGGAUAAAGCACCUUUAGGUCGACUUGCGGAUGGAUCAUUCUCUCAGUACGCUGGAUGCACUAGAUUCCGUCAGUUGCCCCUAUCAAAGAAGACCCAGGACGGAUUAGCCGGAGCCAAGUAUAAGACUAUGACAGAUAUCCAGAGGGCUUCGCUACCCCAUGCACUUUGUGGACGUGAUAUUCUUGGGGCAGCCAAGACAGGGUCAGGAAAGACUUUAGCUUUUAUAAUUCCGAUACUAGAAAAGUUGUACAAAGCAAGAUGGAGUCCAGAAGAUGGGGUUGGAUGUAUCAUAAUAUCUCCCACAAGAGAAUUAGCUGAUCAACUGUUUGAGGUAUUGACAUCAGUUGGAAAGCAUCACAGUUUUAGCGCUGGCAUUCUGAUUGGUGGACGAAAAGACAUUGAAAUAGAGAAAGAACGUGUACAUGGGAUGAACAUCUUGAUCUGUACUCCAGGACGGCUUCUUCAGCAUAUGGAUGAGACUCCAAAUUUUGAUUGUUCACAGCUUCAGAUAUUGGUCCUUGAUGAGGCAGAUCGUAUUCUUGACGUGGGUUUCAAGAAACAAUUAAAUGCAAUAAUUUCACAGUUGCCUAAACACAGACAAACCCUAUUAUUCUCUGCAACUCAAACAAAGUCUGUAAAAGAUCUUGCUAGGCUCAGUCUGAAAGACCCGGAGUAUGUCAGUGUGCAUGAGGAAUCUACUACUGCCACUCCUAGUGGUUUGAUGCAGACAGCAAUGGUUGUUCCUCUGGACAAAAAAUUGGAUAUGCUAUGGAGCUUUAUAAAGAAGCAUCUUAAUAAAAAGAUAUUGGUGUUCCUUUCAAGCUGCAAGCAGGUAAGAUUUGUUUAUGAAGCAUUUAAGAAACUCCGUCCUGGGAUUCCUCUCAAAUGUCUUCAUGGAAGAAUGAAACUAGCAAAAAGAAUGGGGAUAUAUUCUAUGUUUCGUGAAGAAACCAGAUCUGUUCUUUUCUCUACAGAUGUUGCUUCACGCGGACUUGACUUCAGUAAAGCCAUUGAUUGGGUUCUCCAGGUUGACUGUCCUGAAGAUUGUGCUACUUACAUACAUAGAGUUGGUCGUACUGCUCGCUACCUUUCUGGUGGGAAAUCUCUAUUGUUCGUAAUGCCUUCUGAAAUUAAGAUGCUUGAAAAGUUGGAAGAAAAAAAGAUUCCCCUUCAUGUUUCUAAGGCAAAAGCGGAAUUCUUGCAAUCUGUCUCUGGAUUAUUGGCUGCUUUGCUAGUCCAAUGCCCUGAACUACAACCUUUGGCUCGAAGAGCUUUUACAACAUAUUUGAAGUCCAUUUAUAGACAGACGGAUAAAGAAGUUUUCGAUGUCACGAAACUUCCAGUUGAGGAAUUCUCUGCUUCUUUGGGUCUUCCAAUGACCCCCAAAAUUAGAUUUUUGAAACAGAAGGUGAAGGGUAAGACUGUGUCCGAAGCCUUAUCUGUCAUGCCUGAGGAUAUAACCAAUGAGAAUUUGUUGGAGUUUCCAAUUAAGAAACCAGAUGCUGAAGAGUCUGAAGAUGACAUCCUCAUUCCUAAAGACACACACACUGCACUUGAAGCUAAAACGGUUGGAGCUGUAGAUUCUUGGCCAGUUUCUAGAAUUCCAAAGAAAAAUAAGCUAAAGAUCAGUGCUGAUAGACCGUUUGGGACUCGGGUUAUAUUCGAUGACGGAUGCAACACUUUGCCUCCUCUAGCAAAGUUGGCCCAGACAAUGCUUGCUGCGGACAAAGUCCGUCUUGACCACAACAAAGUUAAUGAAAGAUAUGGCAUUUUGAGAAAUGAGUUAAAGUUGAUAGACAGAGAAGACAAAGGUUUAGACCGUCAGCGUCGCAAAGAAAAGCGUCUCAAAGAGAAAAUGAAGUUGAAGAGAGGGAGGGAUCAGGAAUGGGAUGAGGAAGAGGAGGGUGAUCUCUUGGGAUCAGAUGCCAAUGCUGGUAGAGGUAAGGCUGAAAGGAAAAAGAUUCGUUUUGGUAGUGACGAUGAUGGUGAUUUUGGGGAGAAUGAUGGCACCUUUAAAACGGGUAUGAAGGUUUCUCCUGUUUCUGUGGCAGAGCAGGAGGAAUUGGCUCUCAAACUGCUCAGUUCCAUGCACUCAUAAGCCAUAGUUUUGAUGGCAUAGAUGAUACUCAGUAGUAGAUUUGGGCUUAAAUUUAUAUAGCUAUAAGAUGCGCAAACAGAGGCUUAAAAUAUUCGUGAAGUUGUGUAGCAUCAACAGAGAUAUUGGAGAUUUGGAGGUUUCCUAUAUAUAGCGCGGUUGUCCAAUCCUUUAAGUAACAUCAUAGAAUUAUCAUAUAAAAUCUUCCGGCACUCAUAUUCAUGGUUGGCAUCCUCCUGGAGCAGCUAGGUGUCAACUGUCAAGACAAAGAUGUCAAUCAUCUUCGAAUUUAGCAUGUUUCUUUUUGUAAUUUUUAUUCAUCUAUUUUUGUUUUUAUUUUAUGAACAUUGUAUGAUGAUUGACUUUUCAGUGUUACAUGUAAAUACCUCAAGCGAAGGCCAAGGACAAAAACAUUUACUCUUCCCAAAUGCUUGAUAAAUGUUGUAAACCACACAAACAGUAUUGUGAUUUCUUCUUUGUGACUAGGGGUGGGACCGGUUAGGUGAUUUCGCAAAGUAUUUAGAAAA